CGAAUUCAACCGCAUCAGUCCAUCCUCCAUCUUUCUCCUUCACCAUCAACCCUCUUUACAGUCCUUCAAAUCUCCAAUGGAUACUCAACCGACGAAAACCAAGAAGGGCGCCGGCGGCAGGAAACUUGGUGGUCCGAAGAAGAAGCCGGUCACUCGAUCCGUUCGUGCAGGCCUUCAGUUCCCGGUAGGUAGAAUCGGUCGCUACCUGAAGAAGGGCCGGUACGCCCAACGUGUCGGAACCGGUGCUCCGGUCUACCUCGCCGCCGUUCUUGAAUACUUGGCCGCCGAAGUAUUGGAGUUGGCCGGAAAUGCCGCUCGGGACAACAAGAAGAACAGAAUCAUCCCCAGACAUAUUCUGCUUGCCGUCAGGAACGACGAGGAGCUCGGGAGGUUGCUCGGUGGAGUGACGAUUGCGCACGGCGGGGUUCUGCCGAACAUUAACCCGGUUCUGCUGCCCAAGAAGAAAGACAGCGACGCUGCGGGAAAGGAACCAAAGAAGAGCACCCUAAAGUCGCCCAAGAAGAAAGAUAGCGAUGCUUAAACGCUUUGAAUAGGACUGGACUACCUUGUUGUUUGUUUAGCCUGUAGAUGGUCUCGUUUUGUUUAGAUGAUCUUUUAAUGAACUUGUUGUAUCCCUUGUGCUGCAUCAAAUCUUACAGAAUUAAGAAUG